CUAGAGCACUCAAGCCCUAGAGCUGCACAGCACGUGCCGAGCAUGGAGGGGCAGCUUUCAUACCGCAAAUCAAAUCUCUCCCCGAAGCGAGCUCAGUUGUUUCUAGCGCAGUGAAGCGCCCAGGUGAAAGCACAAGUGUCACUUCCCACCACCGCGUCCCCAUUCCAUCACCUGCCGUGCUGCUGCUGUGGCUGCGGCGGUAGCCGGUGCCAGACCAUGCCCAUGAGCACCAGCAUCAGCACUGAGCGGAAAUGGUUCGCGGCGGCAACAUAGCGGUUCUGCACCAGUACAACAAUGCAGCAACACAUGGCAGUGCUUCCUCACUGCUUUCUGCUGACUGAUACCUAUUACCCUUGCAAUCUGGCUUAACUGAUCUGAAUUGAUCCCUGACCCUGGCCAGCCUGACACAACCUGUCCAAUGGCAUGUUGACACGCGUGUACGUGUCGCGAUGGGCGCGCCAAUGGGCACACCUCCGAGGGUAACUGCUCGCCCUCUUCCAGUGGCAGCACUCUUCCACCCGUUGCCGACCCACUCGCAAGCCGUUUAUAGCAGCACCACGUUGAGUUUGCAUAGCUCUUCACGCCGCGCGCGGGCCUUGAGCAGGUGCUGGCUGCCUGCGGCUCAAUAUGGCAGAGGAGCAGGAGCAAUACAAUGAGGAAGCGGGCAUGGGCGAGGAGGAAGUGAUGGACUAUGGCGGUGACGGCCAGAUGGAUGAUGCCCAGGGCGACCAGGCCGGGCCCGCCGCGGACGGCGACGACGCUACCGGUGCCCCUGACCAAGACACCGCGGCCGCCGGCAACGACGCUGUUGCCAAGCCCAAGGCUGAGGAGCGCGGAGAGGCUGCGGCGCGCGAGCAAGAGCUAGCCACUGCCGAGGACGAGCGGCAGCGACACGAGGAGCUGCCUUCCGGCGAGGCCGAGGACCCCAUGGCCCAGCCGCCCCACGGUACUGAGGUGUUCAUCAGCAAGAUCCCGCGCGAGGCCAACGACACGCAGCUGCGCGCCUUCUGCGAGCUGGCCGGCGAGGUGUUCUCCAUGCGCGUGCCCAAGGACCGCGAGAACAACACCAACAAGGGGUACUGCUUCUGUGUGUACAAGACGCGCGAGGGCGCGGAGAAGGCCAUGACGGUGCUGGAGGGCCGCGAGGUCAAGGACCACCCCGGCCGCAGGGUGAAUGUGGUGUCGUCCAUUGUGAAGAACAAGCUGUACAUGGGCGGCAUGCCGCGGGACAUCACCAAGGAGGAGCUGGAGACACUGCUGCACAACGAGGUCGUGGGCCUGGAGAAGGUAGAGGUGAUGAUGGACAAGGAGACCAACCAGGCGCGCGGCUUUGGCUUUGUGGCCUUCUACAACAACGCCGCCGCCACGCUGGCGCUGCGCCGCCUGUCGCGCCCCGAGUUCCGGCUGCGCGGGCACACGGUGCAGGUCAUGUGGGCAGACCCCAAGCGCGACGAGAUCGGCACGGAGCGGGUCAAGUCCAUUUACGUGGGCAACCUGCCUGAGCACUACACGGAGGAGGACCUGAGGAAGAUAUUCUGCCAGUAUGGCACGGUGGACCGUGUGACGCUGCUGUACAUGCCGGACGAGCCCACCAAGCUGCGCAACUACGCCUUCAUUAACUUCCUGGAGCGGGCCGCGGCCACGAAGGCCGUGGCGGAGGCGGAGGCCAACCCCAAGAAGCACAUCCUGCAGGAGCGCGAGCUGCUGGUGCACAUGGCCAAGCCGCAGGCCAACCGCGACGACGGCAGCGGCGCCGGCUAUGGCGGGCCGGGCUUUGGCAUGUACGGCCGUGGCUACGGCCCCGCCGGGUACGGCGGAUACGCCCCGCGCGGCGGCUACAUGCCGGGCGGCCGAGGUCGCGGCCCCGGCGGCCGCGGCCCUGGUCGCGGCGGCCGCGGCUACGGCCGCGGCGGCUACCACGGCGGCGGCGGCUACCACGGCGGUGGCGGCUAUGCCGCGGCUGGCGGCGGCGGCUACGGGGGUGGCGGCGGCGAGUACUACGAGGAGGGCUAUGAGGAAGGUUACGAGGAGGAGGAGGGCUAUGACGCCGGCUACGGCUAUGCCGGGUACGGCUACGGCGGCUACCCGGGCGUGCCCAUGAUGCAGGUGGUGGUGCCGGCGGGCGGCCAGUUCGGCUACGUCAUGGGCGGCGCGGGUGCGGCCUACCAUGAGGGCGGCGAGCGCGGCGCCGGCGGCCCCGUGCGCCGCACCGCCGCCGGUACCCCGCGGGAGCGCAGCGCUGAGGCCCGCGGCGGCGGUGGCGGCGAGUACGGCAGCGGCGGUGGCGGUGGCGGCUACGGUGGCGGCGGCGGUGGCGGUGGCUAUGGCGGCGGUGGUUACAGUGGCGGUGGCGGUGGCGGCCGUGGCGGCGGCGGCGGUGGCGGCUACGAGGAGCGUGGAUACGGUGGCGGGGAGAAGUACAGCGCCCGCGGAGGCGGUUACGAGGGUGGUGGCGGCGGCAGCGGCUACCGGGAAGGCGCGUACGGCGGCGGCGAGCGCGGCGGCUACGGUGGCGGCGGCGGCGGCGCGCCCGCCAGUCGAGGGCCGCCCGCGCCUCCGCCCCCCCGCGGUGGCGGCGGCGGAGGCGGCUAUGGAGGCGGCGAGCGGGGCGCCGGCGGAGGCGGAGGAUACGGUGAGCGCGGCUAUGGCGGUGGCGAGCGUGGAGGAUACGGCGGCGGUGGCGAGCGGGGAGGCGGCGGUGGAGGCUACGGUGGAGAGCGCGGCGGGUACGGCGGCGGCGAGCAUGGCGGCUACAGCGGUGGAGGUGGCGGUCGUGGCGGCGGUGGCGGGGGAGGCUACAGCCAGCCGCCGCCGCCGCCCAGCCGGCCGGCGGCGGCGCCGCCGGCUCCCGGUGGGUCUUACAUGGGCAGCAGCUCUGGCUACGCGGCCGGCUCUGGCGGAUACACGGGCGGCAGCGCCGGCGGGCGGCCGGGCGGCUACACUGGCGGAUCUGGGGGCGGCGGGGGCUACACGGGAGGCAGCGGCGGCGCGCGGCCACCCGCGCCAGCGGCAGGCGGCGGUCGCGGCGGGCCGCCGCCUCUGGGGCGCUACGCACCGUAUUAGACAAAUGUUGGGAUUGGGCAGGAAUGGAUGGGGGGGGGGGGGUUCGAGGAGCGGGGAGGCGUGUGCCGGGUGCUCCUGGAUCAGCACGGAACUGGCGGAGGUGGCACUAGCGGGCAUUUGUGACAAAAUGUCCGUUUUCGGCAGGAAAGUUGGAGGAAACAUUACGUCUGUGUGUAUCGUGAUUGUAACUCAGUAUUCUU